AUGCGAGCUGGUCCUCAGCCCCCUGCAGAGCCCCAGAGGCCCAGCUACCAGCCUUCAGUCUACCAGCCCCAGAGGCCCAGCUACCAGCCGUCGAUUUUCAAGCCCCAGGAGCAAAUUCGGAAACCCAAGCAAAACUCUCAUCCGCCUCCUCAAUCCAACCCCAAUGCAAAAGAUUCCUUCCAGACCAAAACUGGCAUGUGGGAUUUUGUCUCUCCCCAGAAUGGAAAAAGAUUUGAGUCUGGUAUUGCUUCAAGUCGAGGAAUUGUUAUGCAAGCUGGUCCUCAGCCCCUUGCAGAGCCCCAGCCUUCAGUCUACCAGCCCCAGAGGCCCAGCUACCAGCCUUCAGUCUACCAGCCAGGCUACUCAUCCACGUCCGUCUACCAGCCUUCAGUCUACCAGCCCCAGGAGCAAAUUCGGAAACCCAAGCAAAACUCACAGCAGCCUCGUCAACCCAACCCCAAUGCAAAAGAUUCCUUCCAGACCAAAACUGGCAUGUGGGAUUUUGUUUCACCCGAGAAUGGAAAAAGAUUUGAGUCUGGUAUUGCUUCAAGUCGAGGAAUUGUUAUGCAAGCUGGUCCUCAGCCCCCUGCAGAGCCCCAGCCUUCAGUCUACCAGCCCCAGAGGCCCAGCUACCAGCCUUCAGUCUACCAGCCCCAGAGGCCCAGCUACCAGCCGUCGGUCUACAAGCCCCAGGAGCAAAUCCGGAAACUCAAGCAAAUCUCCCAGAAGCGUCCUCAAUCCAAUGCAAAAGAUUCCUUCCAGACCAAAACUGGCAUGUGGGAUUUUGUCUCUCCCCAGAAUGGAAAAAGAUUUGAGUCUGGUAUUGCUCAAAGUCGAGGGAUUGUUAUGCGAGCUGGUCCUCAGCCCCCUGCAGAGCCCCAGCCUUCAGUCUACCAGCCCCAGAGGCCCAGCUACCAGCCUUCAGUCUACCAGCCCCAGAGGCCCAGCUACCAGCCUUCAGUCUACCAGCCUGUGAGGCCCAGCUACCAGCCUUCAGUCUACCAGCCCCAGAGGCCCAGCUACCAGCCUUCAGUCUACCAGCCCCAGUGGCCCAGCUACCAGCCGUCGGUCUACCCACUCAGGCCCCAGCAGCCCGGCUACCAUUCCAAGUCCCAGCAAGUGGUGAUUCAAACACAACCUGCCAUAUGGCAGUUCUUUUCUGCUGAUGGAGGCUUUUCUGAUCCUAAUGUGGAGACCGGCUCCCCAUCCAAGCACCAGCAACAUUUGGCGACAGAAGCGGAGCCUCCAGUGGUCACACAAGGAACCAGGAACUAUCUUUUGAGAGGUCUAAACAGGCUGGAGGGUUUCUGGGCCGUUCUAGAUCCGGUCACGGUGCAGAACUCCCAGCAGCCUCGUCAACCCAACCCCAAUGCAAAAGAUUCCUUCCAGACCAAAACUGGCAUGUGGGAUUUUGUCUCACCCGAGAAUGGAAGAAGAUUUGAGUCUGGUAUUGCUUCAAGUCGGGGAAUUGUUAUGCAAGCUGGUCCUCAGCCCCCUGCAGAGCCCCAGAGGCCCAGCUACCAGCCUUCAGUCUACCAGCCCCAGAGGCCCAGCUACCAGCCUUCAGUCUACCAGCCCCAGAGGCCCAGCUACCAGCCGUCGGUUUUCAAGCCCCAGGAGCAAAUUCGGAAACCCAAGCAAAACUCUCAUCCGCCUCCUCAAUCCAACCCCAAUGCAAAAGAUUCCUUCCAGACCAAAACUGGCAUGUGGGACUUUGUCUCUCCCCAGAAUGGAAAAAGAUUUGAGUCUGGUAUUGCUUCAAGUCGAGGAAUUGUUAUGCAAGCUGGUCCUCAGCCCCCUGCAGAGCCCCAGCCUUCAGUCUACCAGCCCCAGAGGCCCAGCUACCAGCCUUCAGUCUACCAGCCCCAGAGGCCCAGCUACCAGCCUUCAGUCUACCAGCCCCAGAGGCCCAGCUACCAGCCGUCGGUCUACCAGCACCAGGAGCAAAUUCGGAAACCCAAGCAAAACUCUCAUCCGCCUCCUCAAUCCAACCCCAAUGCAAAAGAUUCCUUCCAGACCAAAACUGGCAUGUGGGAUUUUGUCUCUCCCCAGAAUGGAAAAAGAUUUGAGUCUGGUAUUGCUUCAAGUCGAGGAAUUGUUAUGCAAGCUGGUCCUCAGCCCCUUGCAGAGCCCCAGCCUUCAGUCGACCAGCCAGGCUACUCAUCCACGUCCGUCUACCAGCCUUCAGUCUACCAGCCCCAGAGGCCCAGCUACCAGCCGUCGGUCUACCAGCCCCAGGAGCAAAUCCGGAAACUCAAGCAAAACUCCCAGAAGCAAUGGAAAAAGAUUUGA